CUCUGCAGCUGCUGUGUCUCUUCGGCGUCUGGGAAGAAAACUUUCACAUUAAGAGUUGCUGAUGCGGAUUUUCUUUCUUUCCCCCUCUCCGCGUUGAUGAGUGCCUGGCUCGUGACAGAAGCGAUUUGACUCUUGGCUUUGUAGUUGGGAAGAAGUUGGGUCUAUAGAUUUCCCCCUCACUCUCCAUUGAUGUGGUGAGCGUCCGAGGGGAGAAUACCUUCACGUAAAUCAUGUUGCCUUCGCAAGGAGUCCUCCUGCAUCCCUAUGGCGUGCCUAUGAUUGUUCCUGCAGCCCCCUACUUCCCCGGACUGAUCCAGGGUAAUCAGGAAGCCGCAGCUGCCCCGGACACAAUGGCUCAGCCUUACGCCUCGGCCCAGUUUUCCAUCAUGGUUUUGGAGAAGCAGCUGACUGAUGUGAAUGGCAUCAACUGCCACCCAGAGCAGACAGAUGACGCAGCGCCGACGGAUGGCCAGCCCCAGACACAACCUUCUGAAAACUCAGAAAACAAGUCCCAGCCCAAACGGCUGCACGUCUCCAACAUCCCCUUCCGGUUCCGAGAUCCAGACCUCCGACAAAUGUUUGGCCAAUUUGGUAAAAUCUUAGAUGUUGAAAUUAUUUUUAAUGAGCGAGGCUCAAAGGGAUUUGGUUUCGUAACUUUCGAAAAUAGUGCCGAUGCGGACAGGGCGAGGGAGAAAUUACACGGCACCGUGGUAGAGGGCCGUAAAAUCGAGGUAAAUAAUGCCACAGCACGUGUAAUGACAAAUAAAAAGACUGUCAACCCUUAUACAAAUGGCUGGAAAUUGAAUCCAGUUGUGGGUGCAGUCUACAGUCCCGAGUUCUAUGCAGGCACGGUGCUGCUGUGCCAGGCAAACCAGGAGGGAUCUUCCAUGUACAGUGCCCCCAGUUCACUUGUAUAUACUUCCGCAAUGCCCGGCUUCCCGUAUCCAGCUGCCACCGCCGCGGCCGCCUACCGAGGGGCGCACCUGCGCGGCCGCGGCCGCACCGUGUACAACACCUUCCGGGCCGCGGCGCCCCCGCCCCCGAUCCCGGCAUAUGGCGGAGUAGUGUAUCAAGAGCCUGUGUAUGGCAAUAAAUUACUGCAGGGUGGCUACGCUGCGUACCGCUACGCCCAGCCCACCCCUGCCACUGCCGCUGCCUACAGUGACAGUUACGGACGAGUUUAUGCUGCCGACCCCUACCACCACACACUUGCUCCAGCCCCCACCUACAGCGUUGGUGCCAUGAAUGCUUUUGCACCCCUGACUGAUGCCAAGACUAGGAGCCAUGCUGAUGAUGUGGGUCUCGUUCUUUCUUCAUUGCAGGCUAGUAUAUACCGAGGGGGAUACAACCGCUUUGCUCCAUACUAAAUGACAAAACCAUUCAAACCUUCCAGUGUGGGGAGAAAGGAAGCUUUCUGAGGCCUGGGCAUUGCAAUACAUGCAGCAGUGCAUCACUUUAGCAGCCCUAAAGAGUAAAAAAAAAAAAAAAAAAAAAGAGGGAAAAAAUUACAUUUUUUAUCUUAUACCUCAGAUAUUUUGUUCUGUGUAUUUUACUAUUGUGGGUCUUUAAUUUCUGAAGGUUCCGUAGUUUGGUUGCUGGCUGUAGGAGUUUUUCUGUGGUUGAAAUAGAGAGGCGCUAGCUCUGAGUAAAGACUGGCUUAGGGCCGUGUCCAGAGCGCUGUAUCAUGUCAAUGAAUUCUGUAUGCUGAAUGUCACGGGACUGGGGCUAUCAGCUGUUUUGGGAAGAGUGUAAGUGACUAUAGAAGUCAUUUUUUUUUUCCUGCAUCUGCAUUAUUUUCUUUCAUGAACGGGGAAGGGUGGGAGGGUCUUGGGGAUCGGGCUAAAAGGAAGAAAAAAAUAGUUAACUGAUGAAUCUAAAUGACCCACUGCACCAACGAUCAUUUAUCAGCGGUUCUAAGUUGCUCAUUGAGUUCAAGCCAAAGGUUCUGUCGCUAAGGGGGUGCUUCUCAAAGUACUUUUUGCAUCUGAGGUGAAGGCAGGCGUACAAGCCCACCCUUGGAAUCAUUCCGCCCGGCAGUAUUCAGCUUCUUAGCCAGCCGCUAGUUACGUAGGCAAAACUGCUAGUUAGGACAUCAACGAGCAUUCUUUUUAUAUUUCUUCCAGUAUAAUAAAUUAUUGAUAUCAUUGCUGACUUUUAUAUUAUGGGAGGGAAAAAAAUAACAUUAAUAAAAAGGUGAUAAAAAGCACUGUUUCUAUUUUUUUCUUUUUUUCCAAAAAAAAGAAAGUAAUAAAAACUUAAAUCCUUUGUACCAGUUAAAAAAAUGUAUAAAAUUUACAUCUGUGCAGUGGGGUUGUUAAGUUCUAGAAACAGUCUAUGACACUUUAGUUUUAGCCUAGUACAAAACUGUUAGAGACAGAUGUAUAAUUUUUAUGGAAUUACAUGAUAAUCAUAUUCGGAUUUAUAGAAGCAUUUUACAAGUAUUGCAGUCAUUGAGUAGAGAUAAUCAUGGUAUUUUCAUCCGCUUGGUACUUUUUGAAACAUGACGUGUCGUGUAAGCAACCUGCAAUUUUUCAGUCCGUGCGCUCCUGCCCUCCUCGUCCUCCUGGUCCCCGGCGGCUGUGUCCAGCCGGGCUCUUUAGUCCCCUCUCCGAGGCCCAGGACCCUUGGCGGAAGGAAGCAGAGACAGAAACAAAAGUAGCCCCUCCCCCCUCCAUCCCCGAGGACCCAAGUCCCCCCGCGUGUGGAGCGGGGCCAGGGUGACACGGCCGAAAAAUUGCAGUUUGUCUGUACUUCUGUUUGGACUCUUUCCAUGUUGUCCUGUUUACAAAAGUUAACCUAAGUUGGGGUGUCUGUCACGGGUCUUCCUGUUGUUUUGUAUUUAAGUAACGAAACCAGCGGCCAGCUGCCCCCGCAGUUCGCUGCCCGCGUUCACCUCCCCGCGCGCAGUGCCGGCCGGACAGGCUGGAGCCACGUCCAGCUCACCGCCCGACCCGCCAGCCCGCUGUAACAACUCUGCUUUCAGACAAAACCAAACAAAACCUGAAAAAAAACAAAAAAAAAAAGAAAAAAACAUUAAAAAAAAAAGUGUUUGUGAUCCAGCUUUCUCUCGUCAUCCUCCGUGCAUGCAGUAAGAUUGGUUGGGUAUUAAACCAUCAAUAAAGUUUCACAAGAUUUGCAAACAAACUUUCUGUAGCUUCGAUAUCUAAGACAGAGUCUGUUAUCUUGGAGAGAGAGAAGGGGGGACCGCUUAGCAGCGGCGGGGCGCGGUCUGUAGCAUCGCUGACGGUGUCGCUCCCCCGCCCGGAGGACACUGGGGUCCAGGACACUGGGCGCCUGGUGCCUGUCGGUCAAGGCAUCUAUUUCUCACGAUGCUGCGGGUCCCGCCCCAGAGGGGAGGACGGUGGAAGGAAUGGGGGGCCUCGGGGGAACGCGAGCCUUCUCCCGACCGCCUCGGAUCUCAAAAGCCAGGAUUUGCGUUGUGUUUGGAAUCACAAACAUAGAAUUCUUAACUGUGUUGGUUCAAGUAAAAUUAUUUUGCAGUUUUGAUUUCCAUCAAUGAGCUGUACUUCUUCCCCAUGACUGUAUGUAGUUUUAAUAAAAUCAUUUAGAGCAGCGAGUGCCAAACGAUGUUACAGAACCUUCUUGCCCAGGCACUCUGCCAAGAUGCCAAUAAGUCAUUUUAAAAUGUAUGUCAGAGAUGUAAACAGACAUUUUGGAUUUUUUUAAACAGUAUUUAUUUGGAAUGUUUUCAUUUAUCUAAAUAACUAUUGCUAUUAUGAAUUAUGGAAAAAAAGAUUAAUAUCAUGUGUGGCAUAUAGUGACUUCUUAACACACACAUCACGCAGUCUGCAAACCCAGAAAAUGUGUAUAUCUGUCUUUAGAAAUUAGUGUUUAUAUCACUUACAGUGGUUUGUGAAUAAAGAAAAACUGGUUUGUAAUAUCAAAAAUAAAAGCUUCGUCUGAAAAGGUA